AUGCUUCGCGAUCUUCUAUUUUGGGCAGCAUUUACUGACCAUAUUGGCAUGGCCAAAGUGCUUAUUCUUCAUAUUCGAUGUCGCAUUGGUGCUGCACUCUGUUGUACAGCUAUUCUUAAGAAUCGCGCUAGCAAGACAACUGCUAGCGACAAACGCCAUCUAUAUCGACAGCAAGCAGAAGAUUUCGAAAUUUAUGCUACUGAUUGCAUCAAUGCUUGUUAUUUGAAGAGCGAGCGUAAGGCUUGCGAAUUAAUGAUUCGUCAAGUACCUCUAUUUGGUAAUAUGACAUGUAUGCAGGUACAGUAUAUCCAGUAA